AUGUGUUCUCGAAUAUUCCACAGAUAUUUUGCGACGAAAAAAUCGACUGGAAAAUAUUUGACACGUCAGGCGAAUGAUGAAUUUUCAGUGAAAGCCAGAGAGCAUAAUUAUCGAGCAAGGAGUGCGUUUAAAUUGCUGGAAAUUGAUGAGAAAUUCAAAUUUUUGAGGAAAGGUGAGUGAUUUUUUGCUUUUUCUCUAAGAAAUCCACGUGUCAAGCUAAUCUCAAGUGUUUCAGACAGCACAAUAAUCGAUAUUGGUUGCGCACCUGGUUCCUGGCUUCAAGUUUGCACUCAAAAAUCCACCAAUGGCUAUAUUCUUGGUGUCGAUCUUCAAAAUGUCCUUCCAAUUCCUGGAGCUGAAAUCCUCUCUCUUUCCGAUGUUACAAAUCUCGAAGUUCAACGGCGAAUUCGAGAAAAAUUACAAAAUCGGAAAGUGGAUGUUGUUUUGAGUGACAUGGCUCCAAAUCCAACUGGCGAUAAUGCAACUGAUCAUUUGAGACUUAUUGAAUUGUGUCGAACUGUUUUUCGACUUUUUAGUGGGAAUGAAAAGGAGAAAGAAAUGGAGGGUGGAAAUGCAUUUGAGAUUAGCAAAAAUGGCGUAUUUUUAUGCAAGGUUGGUGGAUUUUCAUGAGAAAAUGGAGGAUUUGGAUUCUCCAGACGCUUCUGGUCAUUUAAACACCCCACAAGAUUGAGGAUACUGUAGAACCUGCUGUGAGGUCCUACCACGAAAAAUCUGAUGAGGUUCAAAAUUCUCAAAAUCCCAUUCUGACCUUGAAUGUUUGGGUUAUUCUGGUCAUUUAGACAUCCCCAAAAGCAUGAGAUACUGUAGAAUUUUGAAAUUAAGGAAUUUCGAAAAAAAAUCGCUCGCUAUAUACAGUAACCUCAUCGUAUUUCAUUUCAAAAUGACAGUAAUUUAAAGGCCCACCUUCUCUAAAUAAUCGAUUAUUUUUUAGAUUUGGGAUGGAAGUUCACGUGCCAAAUUCCUCUCCGAACUCUCUUCUCAUUUUUCAACAAUUCGAACUGUCAAACCAAUUGCAUGCAGGGAUAAUAGUGCUGAAUUGUAUAUUUAUUGCAAAAAAUAAAGUUGGAAUUGUAAUCUUCCUUUUCCACGUGCUUUAAAGGUCUUGAACCGAACUACAGUAUAUUUUUCUUUUAAAUUUGAACCAAUAUUUUUGAGUUGUUUGUUUUUUGCAGAUUUUUUGAUAUGCCUUGGCGAACAGCUGUAAAAGUUGCAUUGGCGGCUGGUGAAGCUGUGGCAAAAGCAUUGACACGGGCUGUCAAAGAUGAAAUUCGACGUGAGUUGAUUUUUUGACGCAUUUCGAAUAUAAAUAUGUUGGGAUUUUUAAGAUAAUAAUAGGAUUUUCAAAAUAAUUGGACUACAGUAUCCCUAGGAUACUGUAGUUUCUGAAGUAGCCUAGAAUUUCAUUUUUUGCAGAAACUCAACAAGCCGCAGCUCGUCACGCUGCCUCAACCGGUCAAUCUGCAAGCGAAACGAAAGAAAAUGCGAAUGCCAACGCAAAACUCGGAAUUUCACUUGAGGUACUGUAGCUUUUCAGAUUACAGUACCUAGAAUCAUUCUGUUUUUGCAGGAAAGUCUACAAAUUUUGAACGUAAAAGCGCCGUUGAAUCGCGAAGAGAUCAAUAAAAAAUAUGAGCAUAUGUUUGAGAUAAAUGAUAAGACAAAAGGUGGAUCGUUUUAUUUGCAAUCAAAGGUUUGUGAAGAAAAAUGGGGUGGGGAGGGGAUUACGGUCAUUUUGAUACCAAAUAUGACUAGAGUACUGUAAUUGAGUCUGAGUUAUUCAGAAAAUUCUGUAAAUUUUGAGGCUACACAAGACAAUGUACUGUAAAGUUGGGUCUAGCCACGAAAAUUAUGGUAUCUACAGUAACCCUGGCUUGUGAGGUGUCAAGAAUGCAGAUUUCAACGGAGACCUGAUUACUGUAGAUAUUCCCGCGAGAACCUAACUCCUACAAUAUCCCUAGGCAGAAAAUUCUAGAAAUUUUGACACCCAACAUGGGAUACUGUAGAUUUUUAAUAUUGCUCGUGACGAGACCCAAACGCUGCGGUAUCGAAAUACUGUGAAUUUCGGCGCCACGAGUUUCCGAAUUCAAAUUUAUUUUUCUUUCAGAUUUACCGCGCCAAAGAACGAAUAGACGAAGAAUUAUCGCGACUGGAACAAAAAUCUGAAACAUCUGAUGAAAAACAGGCUGAAAAUCAGAAAUAA